ACUGUUAAUGUGGCAGUCUUCUGUGUUAAAUGUGGGCGUUGACUUGUCCUGAUAAAAUCACCGCACUGUCCCUUUAAGAAACCCUGAGGGAGGGUCAGUGUGAAGGAGGGGUAACACUGAAUUUAAAUACUGAACUUUGUAUCUUUGCUCGCUUUCUGUUCGCUUCUUAACUUUUUAAAGUGACUUGUUCACAGCUUUAUUCCUAAGGAUGUAGCCACACCAGCAGGCAGUAAAAGAGGAUAAGUGUUAGUGUUAGUUUGACAGGCACUAUGGGUGUGUUUAAGUACUCCCCUGUAGACUUCGUCCUCACUUGUCUGGGUCUUAUCUUCUUGCUACUUGACAUAGCACUGGAUGUUUGGGCUGUUGUGUCUCUGUACCAGGAAAAGGCCUAUGGGAGCCUCGGUGUCCUGGUGCUGUUUCUCGUGGGCUCGUCUGUUCUCGUCCAGGCCUUCAGCUGGCUCUGGUUUAGUUAUGAAAACUUCAAGAUGGAAACAACUGUGGGGAAAGACCUGACUAAGAGACAGCUCAAGGUCCUCCAUGUGCUGCAGCUGGGAAUCUACUUCAGGCAUGCAGGUGUGGUGGAGGUCUCGGUGCGCAGCUUCUUCUCAAAGAUGAGGGACCUAGAUGAAGGUGUUGCAGUGUUCCUGAGCCAUGACCUGAGCAUGCUACGGCUCAUAGAGACGUUUUCAGAGAGCGCCCCUCAGCUCGUCCUCAUGCUCACCAUCAUUCUGCAGAGGAGUCAGCUUGAUCCAUGGACAGUGUUAAAGGCCAUCGGCUCUGCCUCAGCCAUCGCCUGCAGUGUGACCAUGUACCACCGCUCCCUGCGCUCCUUCCUUCCCAAAAAAGAGGAGCAGCUCUUGGUCUCAUCUGUGGUCUACUUCCUCUGGAACCUGCUUCUCAUCAUGUCUCGUAUCACCGCCCUCGCCCUCUUUGCCUCUGUGCUACCCUGCUUCAUCUUCACCCACUUCUUCUGUUCGUGGUUGGUUUUAUUUGUCUUCGUGUGGCGAUCGAAGACCAAUUUCAUGGACAGCACGCGAGGGGAAUGGCUUUAUAGAGUCACCGUGGGCAUAAUUUGGUACUUCGACUGGUUUAGCGUGGUAGACGGACGGACUAGGUACAGGACUCUGCUCUAUCAUGGAUACAUCCUGGUUGAUAUCUCACUCCUUUGUGGAUUGUGGUGCUGGAAAAUGAUCACAGAACCAACUUACUAUGAAAUUUUACCUUUAUAUGCAAUAAUAACCGCUGUCAGCGUUGUUGUAGUUUACAUCUUUGGCCUCUUUUUAAAAAUGGUUUAUUACAAGUGCUGCCAUCCAAACAUUGGCAUAGAGGAGUUAAAGGAAGAGGAUGCUGAAGCUGAAACUGAAACGUCUCCAACUGAAUCCCUAACUGCUGUAAAAUCGUGUGAAGACGAGGUAGACUUUGGUCGUCCAGCCAUGGUAGAAGAUGGUUCAACAGAAACAGGCUCAGGAAUGCAAAAUCGCAUUGGAGCCAGUCCACCUGCAGCCACCACUAAACGCUGCAAUAAAAGAAUGAAGCAGUUGGCUCAGAACUUCUACUCCUGAUCUGUGUCGAGUGACAUACACCGGACAUAGAGGCUGGAAACAGACUCGGUAAUGCUGCAGUGGACUCUCAAAGGAGCAGCAAAUAAUCACUAUUGGUGGUUUGUGUUGGAUAUGGAGGACUAUCAUUUCGUCCACCAUUACCCACCGUCAGCUGAUGAAUGACUCAAGCACAAAAUUUCACUUUAUAAAAAGAUGGGCGACAGUAAAGCUACCUAAAAGUGACACCAAAACUUUUGGAGCUUCCCCUGCUGACUGGCUGCAAUAUAGAGAUUUCUUAGACAUGGUGCUAUUGUAACGUCACUCACUACAGGGAAUAGCAGAAAUCAAGGUGUUCUCAUUAGGCUUCUGCAUUUUUGCAGACAUUUCCAUAUAUUUUGGAGCAUUAAAAGUAAGAGGAAAUAAAAUAGAAUUAGCCUACUUAAUACAAAUGUCAGGGGCUUUUUUCCUCUUGCAGACUGACAGACGGUAUUCUCAUAUGCAGAUAGUGAUCUUAAAGAAGCUGUCCACAUGGAUACCUCUGUGAUUAGUGCUUUAUUAAAAAAUGUCAGAAUAUGCUAAUUAGGCCAGUGGUUCUCAAAUGGUGUGCCUUGAUGCAAGUCUAGGUGUGCCGUGAGAUUUUUUGCUACUAUAAGUCAUAUUUACAACUAUCCAGCAACACAUGAUUGAUUUUGUUUUUUUUUAAAUUUGCAUUAUCAGUAUUUUAUAAACAUUUAAUUCCAUGUACGGCUGCAAAUUUUGUUCGCCUAAUUUAAAAAUCCCUAUAACACCUUAAAAGGAAUGCCAUCUUUGCAGUUUGUUUAAUCAGUGGGUGGGGGGAUAGUUAGAACGACACACAUCAAAGGGCUUGAUUGACAGUUUUGUGACGGAGGGAAAUCGAGGGGAAAUGGAUUGUUUCCUUGAGAGUAUUAAACCCCAACGAGCUGUAAAUGAGGAAGACCCACCAAAAAAAAAAAGGAAAAACAAACCCAGCUAGUAGAAAAUAUCAUAAUAAUUAUCUGUCAUUUGGCUUACAUUAGAUAUUAGAUGACAUUGUAAUGAACAGAUUAAGUCAAUAUUAGGAAAUGAUUUUUUAACGCAUGUUAGAUGGGUUGUUUUGCAUGGAUAUAAAUAUGGUGUGCCUUGGGCAAAAAAAAGUUUGAGAACCACUGGCUUAGACAUUCCUACCGUGCACUCUACUAACCAGAGGGAUCUUUGAUGUUAUUACAGGUAAAUGUGAGUUUUGGUUGUAAACCUCAUCACUGAUUCCUACUGUACAGACUCCAAAUGUGGAUGUCAGCACCCGCUACAGGGGAAUAUUUUGGUUUCAGUUUUGUACAACAAGAGGAGAUGGAGACAUGUCCUCUGUCUUUAUAUAAAAUCACAUUAUUAACUCAUAAUGCGUUGCACUAACAGGCAUAAAGCUUUAACUGUUCAGUCUGUCUUCAUAUAAAGCUGCCUUAUAUUACUAAUAUAACAUGAACUUAUUCCAUUACAACUGCUGAGUCAUUGAUUCAUAUCAGUAUUUUGCUAGCAGCUGUUUACUCUGACCUGUCGAUAAUGUUAGCCAGUGAGCACUCAUUGAUGGACUGUGCCUGUUUAGUUUUGAUUUCACACUACUUUAUAACCAAGUUCAUGAGUCACAGUGCUGGCAAAUAUCUUAACAUUGUGCCCCAUUCUAAGCAAGCUCUUUAUUUAAUUUCUGUUAUUUAUUUUCUUUGUGUCUAUUUGUAGAAAUUGUCGACAAUGUAUACAUAUUUUUAAUAGUUAAUACAUUUAUUUGUAUAAGAAUCUA